AUAACCAAUUCAACAGGAAGGAGGGAGCAGAAGAAGAGCUGAGAUGGGAGUCUGGAACUGGCUUCGGGGAGCAGGACCAUCUGGUUUUGGCUCAUCCUCAACCGCUGUAGAGGUCACUAAAGGAAUUGAUGCCAGCCAUCUCACCGCCAUUGUCACAGGAGCAACAAAUGGCAUUGGAAAAGAGACGGCGAGGGUUCUAGCUUUAAGAGGAGCAAAGGUCAUUAUACCAUCCCGAACUAUGGAGAGUGGCAUGAAGGUAAAAGAGAGCCUACUCGAACAAAAUCCAGAUGCGAAGCUCCAUGUCAUGGAGAUGGAUCUCAGCUCCCUCAGCUCUGUUGACUCCUUUGCUCGGGCCUUCAAUUCAUCAAACAAACACCUAAACAUCCUCAUCAACAAUGCAGGCAUAAUGGCUUGUCCAUUUGAACUUUCAAGAGAUGGAAUAGAGUUGCAGUUUGCUACAAAUCACCUUGGACAUUUUUUACUGACAAAUCUCCUAAUCGACAAAAUGAAAGCCACAGCCCAAGAAACGGGAAUACAGGGAAGGAUAGUUAAUGUCUCAUCAUCUGUCCAUAAAAGUGGUGAUGAAUCUUGGUUCGAUCUUGACAAGCUCAAUGACAAGUCCAGGUAUAAAGUUUUGGGUGCAUAUUCUAACUCGAAACUAGCAAACAUAUUACACGCAAAUGAGCUAUCUAGGCGUUUGCAGGAAGAAGGAUCUACUGUGACGGUCAACUCUUUGCACCCAGGAGCUACAUCCACCAACUUAUCUCGCCACUUCAACUUUCAAGUUGUAUUAACUUUAAUAUCUGCUCUGGCAAAACCUCUUCUGAAGACCACAGCCCAGGGAGCUGCAACAACUUGUUACUUAGCAUUACAUCCAGAUACAGCAAACAUAACUGGAAAAUAUUUUGCUGACUGCAACGAGGCAGCACCUUCGGCGAAAGCAACAAAUGAAACCCUAGGCAAAAGGCUCUGGGAGUUUAGCCAAGAGCUUCUUAAUGGAAGAAGCAAGCCAACAUAGCAAACUUUCGGUAGAUGUUCAAGAUAAUUGAGAAGUCCUACAAAUGUUUGUUCCUCUAGUCCUUGUCACAUCUGAGACUGUAGAGGCAUUCAAAGAGCAAUUGUAUUACCAGUCAAAACUUUUGAGCCUUAUUAAGUUGAUGUUAAUUAAUCUUUGCCUGGUGACAUCUGAUUCAAGCUUUGGUUGAGUCUAAAAUCCAAACCCAAAUGGAGGCUUAUUUAUGGGCAGCUUGAAUCAAUUGCCACCCCUACCCUUGACUCACACCUUCC